AUGAAGUUCUGCAUUCUGAAAACUGCCUUUGUUUUCAGGGUGAACGUCGGCUGUGGUCCUGCGGAGGAGAGGCUGCUGCUCACAGGACUUCACGCAGUCGCGGACAUCUACUGUGAAAACUGUCACACCACACUAGGCUGGAAAUAUGAACAAGCCUUUGAGCUGAGUCAGAAGUACAAGGAAGGGAAGUUUAUCAUCGAGCUGUCCCACAUGAUAAAGGACAACGGCUGGGACUGAGGAGAAAACUUUCAUCUUUCUUCAUGACUUUUUCAAAAGUUGCAUUCCCUCGACUUUAAAGGGUUCCAGUGUAGCUUCCUCAUCCCGCGUACGAGCCAUUGCUGUGCCACACUUUCACUUCGUACGGCUUUGCCAAGAAUAGCAUGUGAUGCCUUAUCUUCUGUUCUUCGUGUUUUUCCAGCGACCACAACAACACAUUUGCUGAUAUUACUAUCCCAAUUGCUAGUUGUGCUGGGACAUGGACUGAAUGAGUGCAGGGUUUGUGUGUGAACGACUGGGAGAUGUAGUCACACAGGCACGUGUGCAUGUUGGGUUUUAAAGUGCGUGUUUGAGUGAUGAAACUCUUAUCAGCGACCGACCACUGAGCAGUCGCACUGUGGGGGGCGAGAACAGUGUCAAGUCAAACAAUCUGACCUUCUUACACAUCAGAUGCAGGUAUUUGGGUUUUCCUUUUGAGUUUAAGGUGCACAUUUAGACAUAUCUGGCCCAAACUGAGUAAAGUAUCUAGUAUUUUGUGUGAUGCAAGGGGGAUGGGAAUGCUUAUAGCAGUGGGAGGGCUUGUUUUUUAUGAAUGAAAUUCAUUUUUUUAUGGUAAGAUCAGUAACACAUUUUGCCAAUGGCAAUCAGUAUGUUGAAAUAAUAAUGUUAAAGCCCCUCUGGAGUAUGAGUGUCUUCUGCUUGUAGGUAAUACAUUUUAGUGUGUGUGCGUGUGUGUGUGUGUGUGUGUGUGUGUGCGCGUGUGUGCUGAGAUGUUUUAGCUGGACGGUGUUGAAGGAUUAUUCUGGGGUUCACAUCUAGAGUUUCCACUGCACAGCUGGGAUAUCAUCACUUUUACUUCAUGCUGAUGAAAUCUGUCCUACAUGUUUGUGUAUAGCCUAACACUGAGCCGCCCUUACAAAUACAUUUACUCAAUCGUGUUAGAGCAAAGUGUGAUUAGGAUUAUGUAGCAUAUUUAUGGUGAUUUUUACUGUCUGCUUCUUUCAUUAAAAGUGUAUUAUUUUAGCCUAAUCUUUCAUUAAAAUACAGUGUGUCUGUAACCAGA